UAAAAACUGCUGAAAGAAAGUUCUCUGCCGCGUUUGCUGUAAAGCCUUCUCCACAUUUAUAUACAGUCUAUGCUUCUACACAGUGUAAGUUCAGAGACUCCUCCUCCAUCUCUCUGUCUGAGGAGGAGGAGGAGGAGGAGGAGGAGGCAUUGUGUCUGUGCCUGCUUGGGUUUGUUGCUGAGAGUUGAUUAAACUACUUCAGGGACGGGCAACUGGAGGCCCGGGGGCCGCAUUUGGGCCGCACCCUCACUUGAAGUGGCCCUCAGUACAACUACAUGCAUUUGAGCAUGAAAUCUUAAAAGUUCAGUGUAAAAAUGCACAAAAUGACUUCUUGUAAUUAAUGUUGGUCUGCUGUUCUUGCACUGAAAAAAAAAGAAAAGAAAUCACACAGAUACUGGUCUGCAGGAGGUUUCAGAUGAACGUUAGAUCAGUCUGAGGAGGAGAUGUGAACAUGUGACUGAAGGAAGUGAUGCAACAGGAAGUGGAACCCUCCUCAACAGGAUCUACACUGAGCUCUACAUCACAGAGGGACAGAGUGAAUGUGAACAACUGGGGUACAGUACAUGCAGUACAGGUUGUGUCUCUGACUGAAGUCCAGGAGACUGACUUCAGAUCAGAAGAUGAGUGGUUGUGUGGAGGAAGAGGAGGACGGAGCAGAGUCUGUAGUAUCCGGCUGUCUGUCUGUGAAGAGUGACCAGUCCAAAGAUUUUCCUCUGGACCUCAGUAAUGAACCUGGACCCUCAGACACAAAGGGGAAGAAGAGGAGUGAUGUUUGUGAGGAGGAGCAGCCGUCCUGCUGUGCUUUGUGUCAGGACGUCCUGAAGGAUCCCGUCUCUACCAGCUGUGGACAUUGGUUCUGCAGAUGGUGCAUCAGCUCAUACUGGGACCAGUCUGCUUCACCAGGAGACUCCUCCUGUCCCCAGUGUGGACAAACAUCCAGAACCAUGCCUGGUGGUCUGCAGGAGGUUUUAGAUGAACAUAAGAUCAGUCUGAGGAGGAGAUGUGAACGUGUGACUGAAGGAAGUGAUGCAACAGGAAGUGGAACCCUCAAGAGGAUCUACACUGAGCUCUACAUCACAGAGGGACAGAGUGAAGAGGUUAAUACCCAACAUGAGGUGAGGCAGCUGGAGACAGCUUCCAAGAAGAAGACCGUCCACGACGCUCCAAUCAGGUGCCAGGACAUCUUUAAAGCCUUACCUGACCAACAGGGACCCAUCAGAGUGGUUCUGACGAACGGCGUUGCUGCCGUUGGAAAAACCUUCUCGGUGCAGAAGUUCAGUCUGGACUGGGCAGAGGGUUUGGAGAACCAAGAUGUCAGUGUGGUGGUUCUGCUUUCAUUCAGGGAGCUGAACUUGAUCAGAGAUGAGCAGUACAGUCUUCUGGAGCUGCUCCAUGUUUUCCAUCCAACAUUACAGAAGGUCACAGCAGAGAAGCUCGCCGUCUCUAAACUUGUGUUCAUCUUUGACGGCCUGGAUGAAAGCAGACUUUCUCUGGAUUUCACCAACAAGGAGGUUGUGUCUGAUGUCACACAGAAGUCAUCGGUCAACGUGCUGCUGACAAACCUCAUCGAGGGGAAUCUGCUUCCCUCGGCUCUCGUCUGGAUAACUUCCCGACCCGCGGCGGCCAAUCAGAUCCCUCCUGUGUGUGUCGACAGGGUGACAGAAGUACGAGGCUUCACUGACGCCCAGAAGGAGGAGUACUUCAGGAGGAGGGUCAGUGAUGAAGAGCGCUCCAGCACAAUCAUCUCACACAUCCAGACAUCCAGGAGCCUCCACAUCAUGUGUCAGAUCCCAGUCCUCUGCUGGAUCACUGCUACAGUUCUGGACCACAUGUUGACUACAGAGCAGAGAGGAGAGCUGCCCAAGACUCUGACUAACCUGUACUCACACUUCCUGCUGGUUCAGACAAAGAAGAAGAAGCAGAAGUAUGAUGAGGGACAUGAGACGAGUCCACAGGAGCUGAUGGAGGCUGACAGAGAAGUUCUUCUGAAGCUGGGGAGGCUGGCGUUUGAACAGCUGCAGGAAGGAAACAUCAUGUUCUACCAAGAAGACCUGGAGCGCUGUGGUCUCCAUUUCACAGAGGCCUCGGUGCAAUCUGAGAUCUUCAGAAGAGAGUCUGUAAUCUUCCAGAAAACAGUCUACUGCUUCGUUCAUCUGAGCGUUCAGGAGUUUCUGGCUGCAGUCUACAUGUUCCACUGUUACACCACCAGGAACACAGAGGUACUGGAGGCUUUUCUGGGGAAAUACUGGGGAUCAUCUCUGGAUGACUUCCUUAGAACAGCCAUGAAUAAAUCUCUUGUAAGUAAAAAUGGCCACCUGGACCUGUUUGUCCGCUUCCUUCAUGGCCUCUCUCUGGAGUCCAACCAGAGACUGUUAGGAGGCCUGCUGGGUCAGACAGACAACAGUCCAGAAGUCAUCCAGAGAGCCAUCAACAACCUGAAGGAGAUGAACACUGAGGAGCUCUCUCCUGACAGAAGCAUCAACAUCUUCCACUGUCUGACGGAGAUGAACGACCUCUCAGUACAUCAGGAAAUCCAAGAGUUCCUGAAGUCAGAGAACAGAUCAGAGAAGGAUCUCUCUGAGAUCCACUGUUCAGCUCUGGCCUACAUGCUGCAGAUGUCAGAGGAGGUUCUGGAUGAGUUGGACCUGGAGAAGUACAAGACCUCAGAGGAGGGAAAACUGAGACUGCUUCCAGCUGUGAGGAACUGCAGAAAAGCUGUAAUCCCUGCCUGUGGACUCUCAGAGACCCACUUUGAAAUUGUGGCCUCAGCUCUGAAGUCCAAGCCCUCCCAUCUGAGGGAGCUGGACCUGGAUCACAACUACAAUGUAAAGGAUUCAGGAGUGAAGCAGCUGUGUGCCGGACUGGAGAGUCCGAACUGCAGACUGGAGACUCUGAGAUUGGGUUCCUGCGGGUUGUCAGAGAUCAGCUGUGCUUCUCUGGCCUCAGCUCUGAAGUCCAACCCCUCCCAUCUGAGAGAGCUGGAGCUGAAAGCAAACAGCCUGCAGGAUUCAGGAGUGAAGCUGCUGUGUGAUCUUCUGCAGAGUCCAAACUGCAAACUGGAGACUCUGAGAUUGUGGGGCUGCAGUUUGUCAGAGAUCAGCUGUGCUUCUCUUGCCUCAGCUCUGAAGUCCAACCCCUCCUAUCUGAGAGAGCUGCAGCUGAGUGUAAACAAGGUGCAGGAUUCAGGAGUGAAGUUGCUGUGUGGUUUUCUGGAGAGUCCAAACUGCAGACUGGAGAGUCUGAGAUUGAGGAGCUGCAGUUUGUCAGAGAUCAGCUGUGCUUCUCUAGCCUCAGCUCUGAACUCCAACCCCUCCCAUCUGAGAGAGCUGGAGCUGAGUAUAAACAAGCUGCAGGAUUCAGGAGUGAAGCUGCUGUGUGAUUUUCUGCAGAGUCCAAACUGCAGACUGGAGACUCUGAGAUUGUUGGACUGCAGUUUGUCAGAGAUCAGCUGUGCUUCUCUGGCCUCAGCUCUGAAGUCCAACCCCUCCAGUCUGACAAAGCUGGACCUGAGCUUCAACGAGCUGCAGGAUUCAGGAGUGAAGCUGCUGUGUGAUCUUCUGGAGAGUCCAAACUGCAGACUGAAGACUCUUGAACUGAUUUACUGCAGUUUGUCAGAGAUCAGCUGUGCUUCUCUGGCCUCAACUCUGAAGUCUAACCUCUGCAGUCUGAGAGAGCUGGACCUGGGCUUCAACAAGCUGCAGAAUUCAGGAGUGAAGCUUCUGUCGGCUGGACUAGCAAGUCCAAACUGUAGACUGGAGUCUCUUGGAUUGUGGCGCUGCCGUUUGUCAAGGACCAGCUGUACUUCUCUGGCCUCCGCCCUGAAGUCCAACCCCUCCCAUCUGAGAGAGCUGGAGCUGAGUACAAACAAGCUGCGGGAUUCAGGAGUGAAGCGGCUGUGUGUUGGACUGGAGAGUCCAAACUGCAGACUGGAGACUCUGAGAUUGAGUAUGUGCAGUUUGUUAGGAAUCAGCUGUGCUUCUCUGGCCUCAGCUCUGAAGUCCAACCCCUCCCAUCUGAGAGAGCUGGAGCUGGCUUCAAACUACCUGCAGGAUUCAGACAUGAAGCAGCUGUAUGAUCUUGUGGAGAGUCCAAACUGCAGACUGGAGACUCUUGAGUGGAAGUGAUCUCCAGUAAAGUCCAGUCCACCAUCCUCCCUGUGUGUUCCUCUGGAUCUGACACUUUGUCCACCUGGACAGGAGGAGAAAACUAUAAAAAGUGUGAACUGAAUCAAAGUUUCACUGAAGUCUACCAACUGAAACAGGAUUCUGUUUUGAUUUGUGUGAAGAAAUUGUCACUGUUUUAAGCUGCUUUCUUCUUAAAUCUUCCUUAAAUGGUAUUAUUACUCUCCAAACUUGAAUAUUAUUAUCGUCAUGUGCAGACUAUAUCCUGUUUUUAAAGACUCUGCAAAGCCAGCUGAUAACUUUCGGUGGUUUUGUCAAAACCAAAGACCCUAAAUCAUGUCGUCAUGUGAUCCAUUGUUAAAAUAAAAUGUUGGUAACCGUCGGUGCAGCAGUUUGUACUUUCAUCUCACAGGGUCACAGGUUUGAACCUGGCUUUGUGCUCUUCUGUGUGGAGUCUGCAUGUUCUGAUCUCUCCUGGUCCUCAUGUACAUGAUAAUGAUAUGAAUGAAUGCCGACUUUCAUUUUUAAUAUCAGUGUAUAUACAUAAAAAAAAAAAUUAUGUAAAAGGAAUUAAAAUAAUAGUGAUUUCAUUGGACAAUGAAAAAUAAUACAUAAAAAUAUUAAUUUGGGAAAAUGUAGGUAAUUUCAAAUGAAAAAAAAGAAGUUUAAAGACAUGGAAAAUGUAAAGGGAAAAAAAUAUAAAUAAAUAAAAGCAAAUAUACAUUUAUUUUUUCCUAUAUCAAUGAAUGCCUACAUUGUUUAAUAUUAUUUCUGGCACAUAGAAUUGUAUAUUAAAUGAAUGUUUAAGCUCUUUAUUUAGUCUAUAUUUAUUUAGACUUUUGGCAGCUUGUGUUUGUGUGGAAGCUUCUAGAAGUGCUUUAAUCUGACAAUGAAAAUAAUACAUAAAAAUAUAAAUUAGGAUAAAAGAAUAGAAUAAAAACUAACACAAAAAAUUAAGUUUGAGGAGACAAGGGGGGAAAUGCAAAGGGACAAUAAUAUAUAAAUAAUAAACAAAAACAGACAUUUACAUUCAUGUUGCAUUAUAUGA